CCUCCAGGGGCGAAGAAGGUGACAAACAAGGCGACACUGUGGUAUGUGCCGCUGUCCCUGAAGAACGUGAAUAAGGUCCUUGAGGUUCCUCCCAUCCAGUACGUGAGAAAGGAGCAGGAAGAAGAAGGGAAGAAGCGUUAUGAGGAGCAAAAGCUGGAUCGGUUGGAAACUAAGCAGAGAAACGGCGAUGUGAUCUUACCUGUCAUCAACCCAGACAGGCAGACGAAAGAGCCACACACUGUUGGCUACAGCCAGUCCAGCCUGAUCCACUUGGUGGGGCCGUCAGACUGCACACUGCUGGGCUUCGUGCAUGGAGGUGUCACCAUGAAACUCAUGGAUGAGGUUGCUGGGAUUGUGGCCGCUCGCCACUGCAAGACCAACAUUGUCACUGCCUCAGUGGAUGCCAUCAACUUCCAUGAGAAGAUCAAGAAAGGCUGUGUCAUCACCGUCUCAGGGCGCAUGACCUUCACAAGCAAUAAAUCCAUGGAAAUCGAAGUCUUUGUGGAUGCAGACCCGUUUGUGGAUGAGCCUCGGGAGCAGUACCGUGCUGUCAGCGCCUUCUUUACCUACGUUUUUUUUACGCCCCUGCCUGUCCCACAGCUGCUGACAGAGACGGAGGACGAGAAGCGACGCUUCGAGGAGGGGAAGGGCAGGUACCUGCAGACCAAAGCCAAGCGGCAGGCGCAGAUGCAGCAGGCUGCCCAGCAGUGA